GCGACGACAUGCGUGGGCAUUCGUUACUUGACAUAUUUGGACAUUUUACCUAAUAUGGCAGGUGGAGGGAAGUUGGACGGAAAGUCCGGGAUGGCUUCGGAACUAGAUCGCCAUGUAGGGUUGGUGUCCGGGAUUUUCCUUAUCAUGGGCACCAUGAUAGGGUCUGGAAUCUUUAUAUCUCCCAAAGGCGUGCUGGAAGGUGCAGGGUCUGUGGGACUGGGGCUGAUCACGUGGAUGGCGUGUGGAGUUGUCGUCACAUUAGCUGCUUUGUGCUACGCUGAGCUCGGCACCAUGAUACCAAAGUCUGGAGGCGAGCAUUCUUAUUUAAUGCAUACGUAUGGAAAACUGAACAAGUGCUUUGGACCGAUUCCAGCUUUUCUGUUUGACUGGGUCGGAUUGUUUAUCAUACGACCGACAAUGUUCGCCAUUAUGACGCUGUCUCUUGGUACAUACGCCAUUAAGCCCUUUUUCCUAGAUUGUCAACCACCAGAGUCCGCCAUCAAAGCCGUCUCCUUAUCUGCCAUUAUUGUGAUAGCAUUCAUCAACGGAUACAGCGCAAAGAUGGCAACACAUAUCCAAAAUAUCUGUACAGUGGUGAAGCUGAUAGCCAUCCUGAUACUAACCAUCGGCGGAAUCAUCAAGAUUUCACAAGGUAACAGUGAAAACAUCCAGGAUGGGUUUGAAGACACGGAGACCGAUGUGUCACUCAUUGCCAUUGCAUUCUACAACGGUCUCUGGGCUUUUGACGGCUGGAACAACUUAAACUUUGUUACGGAAGAAUUAAAGAACCCUGGAAGAAAUCUUCCUAUAUCCAUUAUGGUUGGAAUUCCACUGACCACAGCUUGUUAUGUUCUGGCCAACAUAGGGUACCUUGGGGUCAUGUCUAAAGAAGAGAUUGUCGUAUCACAUGCAGUAGCUGUGGCAUGGGGCCAACGCAUGAUGGGUGUUGCCGCCUUUAUUAUGCCUAUCUUCGUUUCCAUUUCCUGUUUUGGAGCCGCAAAUGGCUGUUUAUUCGCCUCGGGAAGGUUGUGUUUUGCUGCUGCACGUGAAGGCCAUUUUCCUCAGGUUUUCUCUUUCAUAAGUCUCAACGGAAGGACCCCAUUACCGUCCAUUAUCCUCACAGCGUUUAUUGGUGCCUGUUUGAUUAUUCCUGGGGACCUGAGCACCUUGAUCGACUUCUUCAGUUUCUCCGCCUGGAUCGCCUAUGGCUUCACCGUCUUUUCAUUGUUAGUUUUACGGAGAACAGAACCUAAGGCAGAGAGACCUUUUCGGGUUCCCACUGUAAUUGCCGUAUUUGUGGUUUUGACGUCACUCUACCUCAUUUUGGCUCCUAUCAUACAGUCACCUCGGGUCGAGUUCCUGUAUGCGUUUCUAUUUAUAGCCAGUGGACUCCUUCUGUAUUUUCCUUUUGUAUAUUUCAAGGCUUUUCGUCGUCCUCUCCAGCCAGUAGUUGAUUGGAUUACGAUAAAAAUUCAGAAAACAUUCCUAGUCGUUCCAUGAUGUAACUAAUUUGUUUUAACAUUGGAAAGAGUGAUACAUACUCGUAUUGGUGCUAGAAUGGCUUAAAACACUGAAACAAAUAAUUUAAAAAUCUUUUGACAUGAACUUAUUUUUUUCUAAAUUUAAUCAACAUUUCAAUCCUUUGAACAUUAAAAAACUUAAAAGCAUACCUAUGCAACUCAUUUAUGCCGUUAUAAUAUUAAUUUGAUAAUAGUUAAUUACCAUGAUAAAGUUUUCUUUGAUGAAAUUGCAUAGAUAUACAUGCAAACUGUUUACAUAAACAUUGAAAAUUUGUU